GAAAAUUACGUAGUUCGCCCACCCUGAAAACGUUGAUAAGUUAAAGAUCAAACCACAUUUGAUACACAUUAGGAUUUAGGAAUGAAAAUCUGCUACAAUUUUCGUUCAUGCUUAUAUUCGAUCAGAGUUUGAUAAAGUCAACGCAAAAAUUGAAAACGGAGGGUUGAAAUCAAGAGAAAUGUUGUUAUUGUUUGUGUCAAUGUGACAAAUGACCACCUGAUGGAUAUGAUCCAGUGUAAUGACGCCAAGGCGCGAAACUUUAUAAGAUUAUUCAACUACAUAAUGAAAAUCAUGUUAAAACCACGAGAAGUUAAACUUGAAUCCUAACUUCAUUAGUAUUUUCUCUGAUAGCAUAAUUUUUAAUUUUGUAAAUAUGCAUUAAAGAUGACCUUUAAGCGAAAAUCUAAAAGGAAAGGGAGAAAAAUUGUUAAUUACACUGAUAUAAGCUCCAAUUGUGAAAGUGAUGGUAAUGUAUUGUACAUACAGUGAUCUCAUAGCUACGUAGCUAUUAAUGAAAAUUAUAAUUGCUCUGUUUUACAGUAAAGUAUGUGGUUAUACACUCUGGUUUACAUAGGCCUUCCGUCCGUGAAAAGUUGUACCAAAGAGAUAUAGAAAAAGCAAUUGAAAUGUCACUAAUGAAUACACCUUAUGACAGAAAGGAUAAUGAUGUUGGACAAAAUGAAAGCAGUCAUAUCAAAAUAAAUAGUGAAGGUAUCGAUGAUGAUGCACGCGACACCUGCGAUGCACGUGACACCUGCGAUGCACGUGACACCUGCGAUAAGAGUAGUGCUAAAGUGAACAAGAUUCAUGACAAUGAUGUCGAAAGUGAUUCCAAUGAAGAGAAAAUUGUGAACCUGAAGAACGGCAAGAAAAUGUCUGGUGGGAGUCAUAUGUUUUCCGAGUCAUCCGACUACAAAUGCACCCCUGUUGAUGGUACAAAGGAGAAAAAGUCAUCACCUAUAAAUUCUUCGAAAGAGAACUUUGAACAUUCGAAAAAUGAAGGGAAAAUUUCCACAUUUUAUUCACCAUAGUUUCUACAGUUCUUACUCGCUACAUAGUCACUGACAUUUCUUUAGCUGUAACCCACUUCACUAGCAAGUUCGCUUUUGGAGUAGCAUUGAUCUUUCGACAUUACCAAUACCAUUCCACGACAUUCAACAUUGAUUCUUGGCUUUGGACGUAUAAUUCAGUAAUUUGUCUAGAUUCUUCUUAUCCACUGAAUAAUUUUUCUUU